GCGUCUACGUCCAGAAUAGAUAUAUAACGUGGUUCUUAAAGCUCUAUAACACAACGAGAACUUACCGCCGGCCGUCAAGAUGCCGAGCUGUAUCGGAAUGCGUGCUCACGUCGCAGAGGCCCUUCUUUGAUCUGCUGGAGGCUUUCCACAGCACCUUCCGCGCUUCCCUUACUCGUGAUACCCACUGCAUUUCCUGAUACCUUGUCACAAGUGGCCACUGACUUGCUCCGGGUGUUUUUACCCAGAGAAUUUGUACUUGGUCUCCCCAGGAUCCCUUUUGAAGAGGAACCCCUAGCGCCUUGGGUAUUGGGAUAUCGUACUCAGCAAAGACCCCGUUGUUGUCGAAGGGCUUGAUCUUGUUGGUCAGAACGCGCGACGGCGAGAAUCAAUGACAGCAUCAUAGAGAUCGCAAUCGCCCAUCCUGGACCUGGUCCAACCUUGCGUCCAUGGGUGUCCGAGAGAGAUACUGACGCCCGCACCCUCAGCUGUCUGGGAGAGAGGAAAGCUGCAUGCAAGCCACUGAACUGGGUCGGUCCGAUAAGCGAAGCAAACGACACGACCUCGACGCUGAGUACUUCGAAGUCGAGGGACGGGGAAUCGUAUAUGAAACGGAUCCGCGUGAAGGCGUCAAGUUGGCCUCAGAGGUCGGCGGGCAACUUCCCUGGGGUACGCUGAUGCCUCAAUAAUGAGACGGAAUCUCCUGUAACAGAAGAAUAAGUGAUGGGCAGAAGUGCAAACGACUAAAGACUUUUCUCCCGCGUCGCGAAUGUUGGCUGUUCAUAACAGUCUAGCUAUUUAGAUCACCUGGAAAGACGGCUUCAAAUCGGUCUGUAUCCCAUAGCUCAUGGGUGCGGGGAGUGUCAGGAUGUGGACUAUCAAGUCGUGGCGUCAUGGCACGAGCGGCGGCCACAUGUGUGAUGCCAUCGACCACCUUCGAAUUUCGGUAUUGAGCAACAGUAGUUCCAUAGACUGGCUCUCACAAACACAAUGCUCGGUGUCUGAGAUGAUUUUAGUUGGUGGCAGGAAGACUGACUGCCUGCUCAAAAGAGGCCUGAGUCAAGGCCCCCAGCGAC